AUGGGAUGAUGUCUAUUGGUCCGUAACGAAAAACAUGUAUGGCCGUGAUACUACACGUGGCCUAGAUUCAUGAAAUACAUCUGUACAUACUUACAUAAUGUAUUUGUUUACUAUUUGCAAACAUGACAAACCGGAAAAAAGAAACAAAUAACAGUUUUAGAAAUGUAAGGCAACGUCUAGGAACACUUACUUUAAUUUUGAAUAUACUACAGCGAUUAUUGUCAUAUUUUAAGUUUUUCACAUAUAGUACUCAUGUCGGUCAUACAUCGCAGAUAAAUUACGCUCGGCCAUUAAACACAUUAUUCAUCUCCUUUAAGUUUUACGUCUUCAGAAUGGACACAUAUUAAACAAAUAUAUUACCGUUUCUGUAUUGCAUGAAUGUCUGGCUCGUAUAGAAUAUUUGUUGCUUGCAGCGCCAAGAGCUCAAUAGUGAUGGCCCAGAUUUGGAAUACUCGCCAUAAUCGCAUCAAUGUUAACAGGGAUUAUCAUGUAUAUAGUUGAUGUAAUUUCAAACAGAUAUUACGUGAUGCAUGGAAUACCUGCGGCUUUUGAGGAAACUCAUAAAUAUACUGUACAUAAUUAUAUUAAACCAUAUUAUUCCCAUCUUGGUACUUACUGUUUCGGUACUUUAAUUGGAGAUAUAUUAAGAAAGAAGAAACAGGUGACAUUUGGAAAGAUUACCCUUUUACUUUGUUGGACCGGAUGCAUAUUCUUAAUGACAUUAUCUAUUUUUGGAGUGCGUAAUUACAAGAAAAAUAUUACAGCAAACGAAAAUAUAAUCAUCGCCUUUCAGUGCGUUUCUCCAUUUGCUUGGACUGUAGGAUUUGCCUGGUUGACAGUGGCUUGUGUGACAGGUCACGGGGGAACCCUCAAUCGUUUGUUAUCUCUUCGUAUUUUUGUGGUGUUAAACAGUCUGUAUGUCUGGAUAUAUCUGCUUCACUUUUCAAUCAUCUUUUACGUUGGUGGCACUAUGAGAAAGGCUACUGGUGUCUUACAGUUUAAUUUGUGGAUGUUACAUUCGUUUGUUAUGUUCUUGUCACUUAUUGCUGCUCUGUUCUUCUUUGUAUUCUUCGAAUCCCCAUUGAGCAGUCUUCUGUCCAACGUGCUAAGAAAUAGAACAUCGCAAGAAACAGUAACUUCAAAUCAAAACAUUAAAGAAAUAAAGACAGACAAGAAUUCAAAAAUUGUUGUUGUGUCAUGAACAUUGCAAAUUAUGUUGACAUUACAUAUGUUGAUAAUGUAAGACUCUGUUAAUUAAAUAACUUUAAGUAUAUUUAGUAUGAUUUAUUAUGAUAAUGUCACUUGUCUUGCUAGCGGCAUAAGGUUCUGAUUGACCUUUAUUGAUGCUUUCAUAUACUUAUAUGAUUUCUUUUUUUUUACCUGUCUAUACUACUUACACAUAUGUAAUCUUUUUAUAAUUUUUCUGUCUGUUAUGUUUUUUAAUAUACACAGAGACUGUAACUAAAACUCAAAGUUAAUCUCCAACGGGCGAAUUAUAUCUUAGGGCUCUACAUUUAUAGAAGUUAAAUAUUGUUUAUUUUUGUUUAUUCUGAAAUAGUGUCUUCUUUAGUUUGUUUUAUCUGUCACAACAAAGGAAAACCUUGUAAAUUCGGGCAUCAGAAGUGUGAGCUAAGUGUCGUUCAGUAUUAUGCCAAAAACGUUUGUGUACAAAUUUUUAACUGUUAAUGUAUGUAAUUUUUUGGCAAGAUAUA